CAGAAAUGUGAGUUCAACAUGGAUAACCUGAGCAAGCCCGAGCUGCUCACCCUGCUGAGCAUCAUGGAGGGAGAGCUGGAGGCCCGCGACCUGGUCAUCGAGGCCCUGAGGGCCCAGAGGAAGGAGGUGUUCCUGCAGGAGCGAUACGGUCACUACAGCCUGACGGACCCCUUCCUGGCUCUGCAGAGGGACUUUGAGUCGGGGGUCCCUGGAGGAGACGCUGAGCGGCGGCCCCUGGGCUCCAGCCCCAUCUCCGUGCUGGAGGCCGUCAUGGCGCACUGCAGGAAGAUGCAGGAGCGCAUGUCGGCUCAGCUGGCCGCCGCCGAGAGCCGCCAGAAGAGGCUGGAGAUGGAGAAGCUGCAGCUGCAGAGUUUGGAGCAGGAUCACCGUAAGCUGACGGCGCAGCUGAAGGACGAGCGUGAGAAGAACAAGCACAUCGUCAUGAUGCUGGUGCGCGAGUGCAAGCAGCUGGCCACGCGGGUGGUGGAGGAGUCGCAGCGCUUCGACGAGCUUCAGGCCCGUCUGGACGAGGAGAGCCGAGCCUCGGGCCGGCUGCAGGAAGAACUCUCCACCGAGCGGCAGCGCAGCCAACAGAUGGAGGCCAAGAUGGAGAAGCAGCUGUCGGAGUUUGACACGGAGCGAGAACAGCUGAGAGCGAGGCUGGGCCGCGAGGAGACGGAGAGCCAGAGUCUACGGCAGCAGGUGGAGCAGCUUAGGACUGAACCGGGCGACGGGAAGGACGCGGAAGUCGCCGUAGAACCUGCUGCAGAACCUGCCGUAGAACCUGCCGUAGAACCUAAAGCUGCUGCAGAACCCACACCACCCACACCUAAAGCUGUGACGUCUGUGUCCGUAGCCACAGAGCCCAUCAGCUCCCGAACAGCGUCUUCUCAAACGGACAACCUGCCCCCGACUGAGGUGGACGGUCCUAUCUCAAAGAAGAGCCCCCUCACGGUCCCCGUCAAACCGACCCCCGCCAACUACGUGGGGCUGAGUCUGCCAAAGACGAGCGGGCGGGGGCUCGUCCACAGCAGCUCGGGGGGUCUCGUCCAGACGGAGAACGGCUCCGAGGGCCAACCCGCCCACGGCCUCCCCACCGGAGUGAGCCCUCGCGUCCAGGCCGCCCGCUACAAGUUCCAGGAACAGGACCAAAACGGCACGUCGUCCCAGAGUCCUCCGGCCCGGGACCUGUCGCCCACCAACCGGGACAACUUUGCCGCCAAACAGCAAGCCCGGCACACCGUCACCCAGGUGUUGUCGCGCUUCACCAGCCCCCCCGCGGGAGGACCCAUGCGUCCGGGUCUCCCUCACUCCGCCUCAGAAGGAGGACCUUUCCCCGGACGCCUGAGCCACCCCAUCGGCCUCAAGUCGCCCACGGUGGCCAGGAUCGACCGGGGAAACCCUCCUCCCAUACCUCCCAAAAAACCAGGGCUUUCCCAGACCCCCUCUCCCCCUCACCCCUCCAUGAAGGGGGGGGUGGGGGACCGUUCCUCUGGGGGAAAACCGGCCACACCCCAGCUGCCGCCAAAACCCGCCCUGGACCUGGUCCCAGCCCUGAUGGCCUCUCAGGUGGGUGCCUGCUUCUCCCCGGGGGGCGUCCGGACCCCUGCAUGUGCAGAGUGCCCCCCCGUCAUCAGCCCCGCCUCCACUGUCAGUAGCCCCUCCUCCAUAAACCCCCCCUCCUCCUCCACCUCCAUCUCCUCCUCCAUUAGUGCCUCAUCCUCCCGUAGCCCCCGAGCCUCAGCAGGCAGCCCCCUGGCAACAGCAUCAGGUAAAGGGGCUCCUCCGUGCUCCACCCCCCUCCAGAUCUCCCCCCUGCCUCUCCUCUUCAACUCUGUGCUGCUCCUGCUCCCCCCCCUCGGCGGCGGAGGCCCUGCUGCCCUGGACGGCGGGCGCCCCCUCCUCCCCCAAGCUGCUUCCCAGGGAAAUGUCACUUUAUUGUCAAUGCUGCUUAACCAACCAGACCCGACCACCAUCACCACCAACACCACUACCAACACCACCACUACUACUACUACCAACAACACCACGGAGAACAACAAUCAUCCAGACCAAGACCUCCACCACAACCACUACCAAACCGCUGCCUUGUUUGCUGCUGCUCAGAAUGGACACACAGGUAACCUCUUGUGGGCCAGAAAAAAGUUCUGA